GAUGCUUGCUCUUUGCUCUUGCCAAUUUAGUUUGUCUUGUGUAUGAUGAUACUUCAGUUUUGUCAAAUCAUCACAGUCAUUCUAUUUUUUUAAGUGUGUUCAUGAAAUAACUAAAAAUAUUAUAUUGAAUAAGUGAAGCAAGUAAAAUUCAGCAAAAUGAAUAUCACUUCUGCCGCGGGGAUUAUUUCCCUGUUGGACGAGCCUAUGUCAGAGGUAAAAGAAUUUGCAUUGAAGAGGUUGGACAACAUCGUUGAUGAAUUUUGGCCAGAGAUAUCAGAAUCUAUCGAAAAGAUUGAAAUUCUUCAUGAAGACAAGAUAUUCUCUCAGCAUCAGCUGGCUGCCUUAGUUGCCAGCAAAGUGUAUUAUCAUUUGGGUGCAUUCGAAGAUUCUCUGACGUACGCCUUAGGAGCUGGUGAUUUGUUUGACGUCAAUGCACGAAACGAAUAUGUUGAUACGACUAUUGCAAAAGCAAUUGAUUUUUAUACUCAAAAAAGAAAAUUGUUGUUCGUGGAUAACACUGGAGAGCCCAUUGACCCACGUUUGGAGGCCAUUGUUAACCGUAUGUUCCAAAGAUGCUUGGACGAUGGACAGUAUAGGCAGGCACUUGGUUUGGCUUUAGAAACUCGCCGCAUGGACAUAUUCGAGGAAUCCAUCAUGAAGUCUGAUGAUAUAGCAGGAAUGCUUCAGUAUGCCUUCACUGUUGCAAUGAGCCUUCUGCAGAACAGGGGCUUCCGUAGCACAGUAUUGCGCUCUCUAGUGGGACUUUACAGAGGGCUCAAUAUACCAGAUUAUGUCAACAUGUGUCAAUGUCUUAUCUUCUUGGAAGAUCCACUUUCAGUAGCUGAAAUUCUGGAUAAACUCACACAUGGCCCCCAAGAAUCAGUUCUCAUGGCUUACCAAAUAGCUUUUGAUUUGUAUGAUUCUGCAACACAACAGUUCCUUGGCAGAGUUUUACAGGCUUUGAGGAGUACGGCUCCUAUUCCAAGUGCAUUAGGUGGAAAACCCCAACCCCAAGGUGGACCUUUUCCAGAGGCUUCAAUGGAAGUUGAUCAACAGCAGCCUGAAGAAGCUAAAAAACCAGAAAGAGACAUUGAAAGCUUGAAUGAUGAAGAAAAAGAGCACCAAAAAAGAGUUGAAAAGCUUAUAUCUAUUCUUGGUGGUGAGGUUUCUAUUGGACUUCAAUUACAAUUUUUGAUUAGAUCAAAUCAUGCUGAUAUGCUAAUUCUGAAAAAUACUAAAGAUGCCAUUAGAGUCUCCAUCUGCCAUACAGCAACUGUUAUAGCCAAUGCCUUCAUGCAUGCUGGCACCACCAGUGAUCAGUUUUUGAGAGACAACCUUGAGUGGUUAGCAAGAGCCACAAACUGGGCUAAACUAACAGUAACUGCAUCUCUUGGUGUCAUACAUAGAGGUCACGAAAAUGAAUCCUUAGCUCUCAUGCAAUCUUAUUUACCUAAAGAGGCUGGUCCAUCAUCAGGGUAUUCUGAAGGAGGUGGCCUCUAUGCCCUUGGUUUGAUUCAUGCCAACCACGGUGCUAAUAUCAUAGAUUAUCUUUUAACACAACUUAAAGAUGCUCAAAAUGAAAUGGUCCGACAUGGGGGCUGUCUUGGCUUAGGUUUAGCUGCAAUGGGAACUCACAGACAAGAUGUAUACGAACAACUUAAGUUUAAUCUAUACCAAGAUGAUGCUGUGACAGGUGAAGCCGCAGGUAUAGCCAUGGGAAUGGUUAUGUUGGGCUCAAGGCAUGCAGCUGCAAUUGAAGAUAUGGUAGCAUAUGCACAAGAAACUCAACAUGAAAAGAUUCUACGUGGUUUGGCUGUCGGCAUCGCUUUUACAAUGUAUGGAAGGCUUGAGGAGGCAGAUGCACUUGUUCAGCAACUAUUGAGAGAUAAGGAUCCAUUACUGCGACGCGCCGGUUGUUACACUAUCGCAACUGCGUAUUGUGGUACUGGAAACAAUGACUCCAUUCGUACUUUGCUUCAUGUUGCGGUGUCUGAUGUCAAUGAUGACGUUCGUCGUGCUGCUGUUACAGCUCUCGGCUUUUUGCUGUUUAGAACUCCAGAACAAUGCCCAUCUGUUGUGUCAUUAUUAGCUGAAUCUUACAAUCCUCAUGUACGUUAUGGAGCUGCUAUGGCUCUAGGCAUUGCCUGUGCUGGAACAGGAAACCGUGAAGCAAUUGGCCUUCUAGAACCUAUGGUCAAAUUCGACCCUGUCAAUUUUGUAAGGCAAGGCGCUUUGAUUGCUUCUGCCAUGAUACUUAUUCAACAAACAGAAGCUCUUUGUCCUAAAGUAACAUACUUCCGACAACUUUACGCCCAAGUAAUAUCCAACAAGCACGAAGACGUCAUGGCGAAAUUUGGCGCUAUCCUUGCACAAGGUAUCAUCGAUGCAGGAGGACGCAACGUUACAGUGUCACUUCAAAACAGAACUGGUCACAUGAACAUGCUUGCUGUAGUAGGCAUGUUAGUUUUUACACAAUAUUGGUAUUGGUUCCCACUGGCUCAUUGUUUGUCACUGGCAUUCACACCAACUUGCCUCAUUGCUCUAAAUUCUGAUUUGAAGAUGCCUCAGAUGGACAUAAAAUCUAAUGCGAAGCCGUCUCUGUAUGCCUAUCCUGCUCCCUUGGAAGAAAAGAAACGUGAGGAGAGGGAAAGAGUCACUACUGCAGUAUUGAGUAUUGCGGCGGCUAGAGCUCGCAGGAGGGCGCACGGGGCUGAGGGAUCAGGUACCAGUAGUAUAACAUCAUCCACCACAUCCAAAAUGGAUGUAGAUGAAGAGGAGAAGAAACCAUCCAAAUCUCCAAAUCCGAAUAUAACAGUACAUGGAAAAACUGAUAAAGAUGCUGGUUCAUCUAAAGAUGGAAAAAAAGAGGAAAAGGAAGUUAAAGAAGGCGAAGAAAAAGAAACUAAAGAAAAGAAAGAGCCUGAACCAACAUUUGAAAUUCUCAAUAAUCCAGCCAGGGUCAUGAGGCAACAAUUGAAAUGUAUCACUAUUGUAGAUGGAUCUGGUUUUUCUCCUUUGAAAGACAUCUCUAUUGGAGGCAUUGUAAUGCUCAAUCAUUCUGGAGAUGGAGAGCAAGUGCUUGUAGAACCUGUUGCUGCUUUUGGCCCAAAAACUGAAGAGGAAAAAGAACCAGAACCCCCAGAACCUUUUGAGUACUUAGAUGAUUGAUAUAAUCUCUUUGAUUGAAAACUAUUAUUAAUUUUGAUUGUAAAAUGUAUUGAACAAGCUAUAGAUAUUCAAGUAACAAUAUAGAAGUACACUCAACUACUAACUGAAAAUUAAUAUUAUGAUUCUUUGUCUAAUAAAGAAAUAAAUAUGC